UUUUUCACUUGUAUUAUAAUAUUAAUAAAUUUUAACAACAGGAAUAGCCGUUUUUUUUUCUUCGCUGCUGAAAUAUACUUGUGACGAAAGAAGGUGGCAAAUGCGACACUUAACAGAUAUUUAUCAACUUGUUUGCAUUUUUAGCGCAUUAAGGGUUGAUUAGACAUUGCAUUGGUCUCCUUUUUUACCACCAUUUCUACAGUCCCGUCUUUAGGGCCUACCGAGCUAAACAUUUGUAUAAGCAAUGUUUAAAAAACCUUACCUUAUAGUUAUAGUUUGCUACAAACUUAUUUGUAAAGCCUACCGUAUUUUGAUAAUUAUCACCAGUCCUACGACAUUUAAAAUUGAUCUGUUGAGAAAGUGUAUUUGCUCGCUUGCAUAUCAGUUUCGGCCAUUUUUAUCUUCAGAAUCUGACAUAGAGUAACUGAAAGUCGAAAAUGAGCAAGAAGAAAAAGAAAAAUGAAGAAGACGGUAAAAAUCAAGUGGAUAGCCAUAAAAUUAUAGCCAUUAAAAAUGAAAAUGAUUUAGGAACAGCACAAAAUCAAGAAAUUCGGACGAUAAUAAAUAAUGACAAAAAUACGGAAGCAGC